AUGAAAAAAAAAAUGAAUAGCAUAAACAUAUAUUUUUUUUUCCUUAUUAUAUUUUACACAACUGUAGAUAAUUAUGUGUUAUCUUUAAAAAGGAUAAAUAUAAAUAAUCCAAUUUAUCAAUUCAUAACAUUUGGAAAUUCUACUUUUAAAAAUUUAAAACAAAAAAAUAAAAACAAAAUUUUCAAUAAUUUAGUAAAUUAUAAUGUUUAUGUACCAAACAACUGCAAAAUUUCAAAAAUAAACUUUGAUAAUAAAACUAUACAACUUGAUAAAUUCCCUUUAAAGGAUUACAACAUUAUUUCAAUUGAUUAUGGAUAUACAUUUAUGGGUUUAUGCCUUGUGUGCAAAAAUAAGUAUAUAUAUGAAAAAAUUCUUCUUAAACAUCCAAAUUUAAUUGAUCGAGAAACCUUAGAUUUGCCAAUAAAAGAGAACACAAUACUGUUUUAUCCUAUCCAAUUCAAUAGCUAUAUUUUUAAUUUUUUCCAUUUUUUUCACUAUUUAUUCAAAUGUAUAUAUAAUAGUAAUCUUCUUGUGAUAAUUGGAUCUAACGGAUAUCAUAUGGAUAAACUGUCAAGCAAUAUGGGCAGAUAUAUGUGUUACUUUAUGAAUGAAAAAGAUGAAGGAAUUGAAAAUUCAAUGAAAAAUAUAUUAUUUAAUGUGAAUAAUAAAUUAAUUAGAUUUCCAAAUAAUAAUAAUAUUUAUAAAAAAGAGCAAUCUAUAUUUGAAGAAAAUUAUACUUUUCAUUCAAAUGACAAUCAAAAUAAUUUAUUAAAAUUCUUAUUAAAAAAUUUUGUUACAAAAGUAAAGGAUGAAAAUAAUACUUUGUUUUCAAAAUUUUACAAUAAGGAUUAUAAAAAUAGAAAGGAUAGUAUUUCUGCUUGUUAUUUGUCUUAUUAUUUUUUGAAAUAUUAUGAUAAAAAUGUUAAUAGUUUUUUUUUACCAUCAAAAAAUAUUAAUUAUGUAUAUCAUAUAAAGAAAUGA